AUCUGCAGUAUUAUUAUUAUUAUGUUUCAGUGCAUGGAACAUUGUGAAUGUUUGACAUCAAAAACUAUCAAAAAUAUUUUUAUAAAUUAUAUUGUUUAAUAAAAAAUAUCACAAAGUACAAAACAAAACAAAAACUAAUAUUCGUGCUUUAACUUAUUUCGGAUUAAAAAUGGUGGUGUAUUGUUGCGUUAAAAAUUGUAAAAAUGAUUGGAUUCCAAAUUCUAACCUCACAUUUCACAGGUUUCCAUGGUCAAAUCCAUCACUACUAAAUGCUUGGGUUAAUGUUAUGCCACUUAGGAAUAACAAUAUCAACAAAAGUUCACGCAUUUGUAGUGAUCAUUUUACUGAAAAUGAUUAUGAAAAUAAUGGAAGAAUUUACAGACGCCUAAAAAAAAAUGCUGUACCACAAAUUUUUCCAUGUUAUGACCUGUCAAACGCACUAUCUGAUUCUUCUCAUGACAAUGUCACCAAUAAUUCAACUCAGAACAUCCUCACUAACUUGUCACCACUUUGUGAAGGUUCACAACAUUCUCUAACUCCUUUAACAAAUAAUAUACUUCACGAGCAUAGUAACGAUUCAUCUUCAGCAAAAAACAUGGAAACACUCAACACUGAUGAACAAAGAACUGAAAGCACAAACAACAAAAUUUUAGAAGAGAAAGAAACUUCUUAUCGAAGAAGAAUUAAAACUCUUCAGAGAAGACUACAACGUAAUCAUCAAAAACUUGAAAAAAUGUCUAAUGUUAUUAAAUUACUGAGAAGUGAAGGUAAUUGUACAGAAAAAUUAGAAAAAGAACUUCAAAAAAGAUUCUCUAAUGAAGUAUUAGAACUUUUUUUAAAUUUAAAGAAUAACCAAGAUAAACCAAAAAAAGGCUAUCGGUAUACAGAAAAAAUGAAAGAAUUUGCUAACACGAUUUAUUUCUAUUCACCUCAAGCAUAUAAAUCAUUACAAAAAAAAUUAUGUCUUCCUGAUAAAACAACAUUACAAAAGUGUAUAAAUGCUACAUCCCUAGCGGAUGGCUCGACUCUCCAAUGUAGCACUCAGUCGACAGCGAAUUGACAGCCAUUCGACAGCAUAUAUAAAACGUAAUUCACGAGCACCGGAUAAUCGAAAUGAGUUGGAAAAAUAUGAAAUAAAUAUAAGAUUAUAAACAAUAACUUAAACUGACUGAAACCUUGAUUAGUACAUGUAUUUAAUAUUAAAUAAGAGAUUAAAUUAUACACGGUAGAGAGGUUAGAUUGACAUGAUUCGCAUUUCUACUGGAGUCAGAAAGCUGUCGAGCCUCAGACCAUUAAUCGGUAAUUGACUCGGUCAUUAUUACCGAGAUAUUUUGUCACUAAAUCGACAGGCUUUCGACACCGAAUUGAGAGCUGUCUAAUUUAUGCAUUUUUCAUUGUUUUAAAUUGUUUAAACAUUAUAAUAGACUUUAUUAAUGAUAGAUUAGUAUUUUUCUAUAUAAAAAUUAAUAAAAAAUAUAAAAAAACUUGUAAAAAUUAAAAAAAAAAAAUUUUUUUUUUUGUUUAUAAUUUUUAAAUUAAUUGUUAAUAACAAUUGCAUGUAAAAAACAUAAUAAAACAGUAUAAUUAAGCAUUUAAAGUAUAAACAAUCGCCAAAAUAAUAUUUUUUCAAUUUUAUAUCACUAUAUGCCAGUUGACAUAUAGCUGGAAAUAUUGUUAGAAAAUUUAUUAAUAAAUGUAAUUGUUCUUUCUGUCAUGACAGUUCUAUCAGAAUUAAAUAAUGAGCAUAAUUAUACAGUUCCUGAUUUAAAUCAAUACAAAUCAUUCACAUGUUUUGUUGAUAGAGGAGGACUGUGUAUACCAUCUAA